CCCGCCCUUCCCGCCGUUCUUCGUGACGGCCGUCGGGCGCCUCCCUCAUCGCCGGAGCCGCCCGCCCGUCGGUCCGCCCUCGCCGCCGCGAUGCUGCCCGGGCAGCCCAGGAGGGCGCCGCCUCCGCCUGGCAGCGGCUGAGCGAGACCGAGGCUCUUCCGACGCCCCGCCGAGAGAGCGCCCGCCAUGACCCGCGCCGGCCUCCUCGGCCUCCUCCUGGCUCUGGGCAGAGUGCUCCUGGCCUGGGCUGGGCUGUCCCCGCCAGCCACCCUGGAAGGGCAUAGUUGGCAGAGCCCCGUGGACUGUGCCCGCGCCAACGAGCUUUGUGCUGCUGAGCCCGGCUGCAGCUCGAGUUUCCGCACUUUGCGCCAGUGCCUGGCUGGCCGAGACCACAACACCCUGCUGGGCAACAAGGAAUGCCGGCUGGCACUGGAGGUGCUGCAGGGAAGUGCUCUGCAUGGCUGCCGCUGCAGGCGCAGGAUGAAGAAGGAGCUGUCCUGCCUGCAGAUCUACUGGAGCUUCCACCUGGGCUUGGCCGGGGGAGCAGAAUUUUAUGAAGCUUCGCCCUACGAGCCCAUCAGCUCUCCUCUCUCUGAUGCCUUCAGACUUGCUUCAAUUGUCUCAGCAGGGACCGACUCCGCGGCUGCCUCCAGGAGCAACCCCUGCCUGGACGCGGCCAAAGCCUGCAACCUGAGCGACGACUGCAAGAAGCUGCGCUCGACUUACAUCUCCACCUGCAACAAAGAGGUCUCGCCCACCGAGCACUGCAGCCGGCGCAAGUGCCGCAAAGCCCUGCGCCAUUUCUUUGACCGGGUGCCCAGCGCAUACAGCUACCGGCUGCUCUUCUGCCCCUGCAAGAACCAGGCCUGUGCGGAGCGCCGCCGGCAAACCAUCGUCCCCGACUGCUCCUACCAGGAGAAGGAGAAGCCCAACUGCCUGGCUCUGCGGAGCAUGUGCCGAGCGGAGCCAUUCUGCCGGUCCAGACUGGCAGAUUUCCAUGCCAAUUGCCAAACCUUCCUCACCAGCUGCUCCAGGGACAACUACCGGGCGUGCCUGGACUCCUACACUGGCCUGAUAGGUUUGAGCCUGACCCCCAACUACGUGGAUGCAAGCUUUAGCAACCCGAGGAUCUCCCUGUGGUGCUCCUGCCAAGGGAGUGGCAACAUGGAGGAGGAAUGUGAGAAAUUCCUGAAGGACUUCACCGAAAACGCUUGUCUCCGAAAUGCAAUCCAGGCCUUUGGCAAUGGCACUGACCUGACCUUCUCCCCCAAGGCCCUUCCGCAGCCGCUCCUCACCCUGCCUCCCUCCGUAGGAAGGGCUUCGGCUUUGCCAUACAGUGUAAAUGACAGCAGCCUUGUGGAUAACACAAGCGUGAGCGUCACAUGCACCUCCCCCCAGGAGAGUGGAGCAAAGGCUAACCAGUCCAAAGAGCAGACUCUUUGCUUCUCAGAGAAAUCUCUGAGCACAGCUCUCAUGCCAGAGCAGAAGACUCUUGUGGACACCAAAGGGUCCGGCAACCAACUUUCCUUCGCGGGAACCAUCUCUGCUCUCCUCUUCCUCCUUGUGAAAAUGGCCAUGUAGGAGGAACCUGGAGGAAGACUUGCCGCGAGAGGACGGAGAGUGCCGUGCAAACUCCCCUCCGCCUGUAGGCCAUCCAGGACUCUCCCUCGGCCGUUGCCUUCUGGGGAGCUGCUGCCAAGGAGGCCCCACCGCCCUUGCGGAGGCUUCUGCCAGGCGGUCUUCAUUGUGUAAGAAUUGCCGGGAUGAGUGUGGAGGCCCUUGGUAAAGACUUCUGGCCUGGGAAUCCAGGCUCACUUCUUUCCAAGGAUCCCAAACACAGGCUGAAGUUCCACCGGUUUGCCACCAGUGUUUUAAAGGAAUCCAAGGUGUUCGCUGGACAAUUCAGUGGGGCUGGAGGCCUUGUGGAGAGGGUUUGCCUCACAAUGCCCUGCUUUUACCCUGCAGGGUGAGGGGCAGCCAUUCCUCACCCCCAGGUCACCAUCCAAAUCGUUUUUGCUGCUUGAAAAUGUUCCAAAAGAGGCUUGGUUUCCAUUAACAGUAACAGAGUUGGAAGGGACCUUGGAGGUCAUCUAGUCCAACCCCCUACUCACACAGGAGACCUGUACUAGGGAUUCGAACUGCCAAAUCGCCGACCUUUCUGAUCGACAAGCUCAGUGUCUUAGUCACUGAGCCACCUAGCCAGGCUCAUUAGUCAUUAAACUCAGAGGAUUCUCAGAAGUGUCCGAACUUCAUCUUGGGAAAAUGGAAAGUGGGCGAGAUGCUUCUAAAGCUGGUAGCCUCCUGUAGGCCAACGCCUUGAACGGAUGGGACUGGCUGGCUGGAGUGGGUGCAGAGCUGUGCCUCAUGGAACAAGGAAUACGGCCACAGGUCCGGUGGAGUUUCUUCUUCCCCUGAUUCUUCUGGUUCUCCAUCUCUUCAUCCUCUUUUCUAGGUUUCUAAUCUCCGAUAAAACGGUUACGCUCUCUGUUAAAAACUUACCCCGGUAGAGAGUCCCUUGGGACAACUGUCCUGCCACCUCGGGUGGAAGCAUCCAGAGAGGACAGCCAUGAUCCCACCAGAUGUACCCAUUGACGUUUUCUCCUGCUUCCUUUCGUGUUGUUGUUUUUCCAAAAAUGUCUAAAAAUAAGAACAAAAGAUGAAGUAUGAAUAUUAUAAAGUUUAGUUUUCUAAAGCUUAAGUAGAGCAGCAAGCCCUGAGCAGCCCUGUGGCCACUGAAGGAUCAGACCACAGGAGAGCUCAAUAAACACUUAUUGGGAAACCAACCAGUGUCCCGUGAUGUUCACUGGCUCUGGGCAGAGCGGAUGCCCCAGCCGCAGGCGGCAUCCUCGGUGGGGAAGAGCAGAGACGGUGGGGCUGUGGUGGAGCGGAGUGGGGCCAGCUGUUGGGGGGAGCGAGCUGAGAGAGUCUCGUAUCCCAAUAGAGGAGCUCUUUGAAACCCCUCAGCCUCCGUUCAUGGUCGCCUUUUAAAACCUAGCUGUUGUGACCCAGGCCCAAGUAGGUAGCAGGAAACUCAGUCAGUGUAAAAACAAACAAACUUUAUUCGAACAGCUGAGAAUUACUUCAUGCUCAGCGAAGUCCAACUAAAUUAAAGCAAAUUCCUCCCAACAAUUCCUCAGUCCUAUUGCAAACCUUGGUCCAAUUAGGCAAACUGCCAAAGGCCUUUCUUAGCAAAUGUUCAAAAGCCACAGAUACAGAAAUAAAUGCAAGACGUAGAUGAA